GCUGACAGCGUACCGGCAUAGACCCGUCAAACUUCGAUUGAAACAACAAUUGCUUCUUCCCAUUCUCCCUGCCAAUCUCAUCUGAUGUGCAGUGAGCUGUGAACAUGCUGAGAAAUGGCCACCGUCCGAAUCUGUGUCUGCGGUGACGAGGGAGUCGGCAAGAGCUCCAUCAUCACCUCGCUCGUCAAGGAUGUCUUCGUCACCGCCAAAAUCCAACCCGUGCUCCCCCAAGUAACGCUGCCGCCUACGCUCGGGACGCCGGAUAACGUCACCACCACCAUCGUCGACACCUCCGCCCUGCCCCACGAACGACAUGCUCUGCGCAAGGAGCUGCGCAAAUCGAACGUCAUACUGCUGGUGUACUCGGACCACUACAGCUAUGAGAGGGUCGCGCUGUUCUGGAUGCCGUACUUCCGCUCAUUGGGUGUGAAUGUACCGGUGGUGCUGUGUGCAAACAAAGCCGACCUAGCUUCGAAUGGAACCACGUCGCAGGUGGUGGCAGAGGAGAUGCUGCCAGUAAUGAACGAGUUCAAAGAGAUCGACUCGUGCAUACGGACAAGCGCCAAAGAGCAUGCAAACAUCAACGAGGUCUUCUUCCUCUGCCAAAAAGCCGUCACACACCCAAUAGCACCGCUAUACGACUCAAAAGAGAAUGCGCUCAAGCCUGCAGCCGUCUCUGCGUUGCAACGAGUGUUCCACCUCUGCGACACCGACAAGGAUGGGUACUGGAACGACCAGGAGAUACAUGACUUCCAGAUCAAGUGCUUCGAGAAGCCAUUGGGCGAGGAUGACCUCGCGAAUAUCAAGAAGUCGAUGGAAAGAUUUGCGCCAGGCGCUACUGGGGAGAAUGGUAUGGAUGAGAAGGGUUUCCUGUUGUUGAACAAGAUCUUUGCAGAGAAAGGCCGCCAUGAGACCAUCUGGAUCAUCCUGCGGAAGUUCCACUACACUGAUAGUCUCAGUCUUCAGGAUGCGUACUUGCGGCCGAAGUUCGAGGUCGCGCAGUUCUCGUCCGCAGAGCUCAGUCCAGCUGGAUACCGGUUCUUUGUCGAUCUGUUCUUGAAGUUUGACAAAGACAACGACGGUGGACUCAACGACCGCGAACUCUCGAAUCUAUUUGCGACAACACCCGGGAUACCCAUGUCUUGGACAGAUUCAGCGUUCCCAUCGUGUACGGUACGCAACGAAGCUGGCCACAUCACACUCCAAGGUUGGCUCGCGCAAUGGAGCAUGACUACAUUCGAGGAGCCAAAAACCACACUCGAGUACCUAGCAUAUCUUGGUUUCGAAAGCAAUGAUCGCAGUGGCACCACAAGUGCGCUGAAGCAGACAAAAGCAAGGAAGCGGAGGAAUCGGCCGGCGCGAGUAGAGCGCAAUGUCUUUCUAUGCUACGUGGUUGGGUCAAGUGGCAGCGGAAAGAGCGCGUUGUUAUCGUCGUUUCUGCAGCGGCCAUUUACGCAAACCUAUCAUCCCACCAUCAAACCUCGAUCAGCAGUCAACAGCGUUGAACUCAAAGGUGGCAAACAAUGCUACCUCAUCCUCGAAGAACUCGGCGAGCUGGAGCCUGCGAUCCUCGAAAACCAAGCCAAGCUCGACGCGUGUGACUUGGUGUGCUACACAUAUGACUCUUCUGACCCGGACAGCUUUGCGCAUAUUGUGGAGCUACGGAAGAAGUAUCAUCACCUGGAUGCGCUGCCUGCAGUGUACACGGCUCUGAAGGCAGACCAGGACAAGACGAUGCAACGAUGCGAGCUGCAGCCUGACGAGUACACGAGCGCGUUGCGCAUGGCACCGCCCCUGCAUGUCAGUGCGACGUGGAGCAGCAUAUCGGAGCUGUUCGUUCACCUGGCUGAGUGCGCGACACAUCCAUCGACUGCGUUCCCAAAGAACGAAGACGAGGGUGGGUACGAUAACAUGAACUUGUAUCUGGCGCUGGGCGCGGCUACGUGCGUCGUUGCGUCGGCGGUAUUCGUCUGGAAGAGAAACAGCGCAUCCUCAUGAUGAUGAUGAUGAUGAUGAUGAUGAGGCUGCAUGUGAUGACGUUCAGGGGAUGGUAAAUAAUCAAUAAUGCACUCCUUGUCGACGACAAUAAACGCG